UUUGAACUAAACUGAAAGAAUGAAGUAAAAAUAACAUAACCAUAUAAGUAGCACCCACGAUUCCGGAUACUCACCGCACAGAACGUGCACAUUUUCUUAAUUAUCUCAAGAAAUUCUAAUAGAUACAUACCAAAAUGUCUAACAUGGGGACAUUCCAACCAGAAUCAGAUGUGCAUAUCACAUUUGAGGACCAACAGAAAAUCAACAAAUUCGCGCGAUUAAACGCGAAACUAGAAGAUAUCAAAGAAGAAUUAAAGAUAAAAGAAAAUGACAUGAAAAACUUUGAAGAAGCUAGUGAAGAGAUUGAGCUUCUUGAUGAUGAAGAAAAUAUCCCAUAUUUAGUUGGAGAAGUAUUUGUUUAUCAAAAUCUUGAAAAGACUAAGGCAUGUUUAGAGGAAGACAAGAAAGCAAUUCAAGUUGAAAUGGAUCAAUUAAAGGAAGAAUCAAACAAAACAAGAGAAAUAAUGAGUGAUUUAAAGUCACAUUUGUAUGGAAGGUUUGGCAGCCACAUUAAUUUGGAACCUGAUGAAUAAUUUAUAUUAAAAAUACAUUUCUGCUGCAUUUUCUCAUUUAUCACAUUGCAACUGAUCAAUAAUCACCUACAUUGAUAAAAUUAUAAAUUAAUAAUUGUAUUUUAUGGCUUUAUAUGCACAAUAAACACUGCAACCCAAAA